UUUAAGAGCUAGUACAUUCUAAAAGUUUCCUUUUCUUUUUGUUCCUCACAAGUGUUCUAAGAUUAGAAAUGUGCGUCCAUAGAUUGGGUGAUUCAGUUUUGAGACCCAUGGCCACCCAUUUGUCAUUGUCUGAUGAUUGGCCAGAAUACCAACUAUUAUUUACUGAUUAGAAGCUGCAUGGAACAAAUAACCCAUGCUGAGCAGAAGGAUUAUUACGCUAACGAAAACAUUUAUCCACAAAAUCCCAAAAAUAAGUCAUUUAAAACAUUAAAAAAUUUUGGAUCUGGAUUACGUAAACUACCCACCAUACCUUCAGUAAGCAUUAGUAAGUAUUCAACAAUGAAUGCGAGUACAAAACAAUGGUUAAAUAAUGGUCGGAUAUCUGUUGACAGUGCAUAUUUUGAAAAUCAAAGUAUUGAUGACGGUGAUGAAAGAUCAAUCAGUCGAACUUCGGGUAGGAGAACACCUGGUGCUGGAAGAAUAUCUCCAGCAUCUGGAAAGAAAUGGUUUGCUGUUAUUGAUGCUAUUAGAGAAAAACGCCAGAAGGCUGCUAAGGAAAAUCACCAAAAGAUGAAAGAAAUGGAAGCACUAAAAGUAAAUUUAGAACAAGUGCAAGCAAAAGCUAGAACUUUAGAAGCUGAAGUUGAACCAUUAAAAGAAAAAUUAAGGAGAUAUGAAGGUAUCAUAGAAGAUUUGGAAGAUAAGGUUGGAUUACAAGAUCAAGAGUCUGUGACAAGAGAUAAAUCUUACACUUCUCAAAUUUUGCAAUUACAAAAACAAAAUCGGAAAAUGUUGGAAAAAGAAGAUCUGAGAAAACUUGAAUAUCAGAAUAAGAUGCAAGAUGAAUGCCGACGAUUAACUACGGAGAAUGCAGAUCUGAAAAAACAAAUUGAUGAAUGGAAUGACUCUAUGGCACAUGAUAGCAAUUCUACUAAAUCAGAUGAUGACCCAAAAUUAAAACAGUUAUCUAAUAUGCGCGCUGAACUUAUGAAUGUCCGUCAAAUUUUGGAAUCAAGUGAGCAAGAACGAUUGAACGAACGAAAGGAAAAACUCUCCACAAUACAAACAAUGAUUCGACUAACAAAGCAAAAGUCUGACCUAGAAGAAGAGUUGUAUGAAAUUAAAAAGGAGGACAAAAAUGAAAUCAGUAUGAAGUACACAAGAUUGUUUCAAAAGUAUGAAGAAAACUCAUGUAGAUUGAAACAACUGCAUGAAGAAGGUGUGAAGGAGAGAACAGAGUUGCAGAAAAAAUUCCUUAAUGAAAUACAGCAAUUAACGUUGCAACAUGAGAAGGAUUUACAAGACGUAAAGUCAGAUCGUAAAACACUGCAGAAAUCGUUAGAAGAUAUAACUGCACGACAAGAAAGAGAGUCAGAAAAUAUCUUGAAAGACAUAAACAGCAUAACAGAAGUACCAGAAAUCAUUGAUUCCUUAUCAAGUGAAGGAAUUUAUCAUCCAGGCACCUCUGGCAAAGAUUUACUACAAAAAUUAUUUCGACAAUACAAAUUGGUGCAUGAAAAAUUAGAACUAUCAAACAUUUUAGAGUCUGAUGUCCCACCUAUAACAGAGAGUUUGAAAGGUACAAAUCGCAAACUAAAAAGACAAUUAGAAGAUGCAAAUGAUGCUUUUCAUAAAAAAGAGAGUGAACUACAAGUCAUACAGGCUGCUUUGCAGAGACAAAUCGAUGACUUGUUGACAGAAAAGAAAAAUGCAUACAUGCAAACACAAAAAACCAUAGAGGAUUUGGAAUCUUCAAGAGAUGAAAUAGAGGACUUAAAAAAAGAGUUGCAUCGUUCAAAGGAAUCUUUUGUUAAAAAAACAGCAGAAUUGUCAAUGCUUCGUGAAAAUUUAAUGAGUGUAACCGCAGAUGUGAAAACCGUGGAUGCCGAACUUGGAAAAACAAAGCGUGACUUAGCUGUAAAGGAUGCUGAAAUUAUGCGAUUAAAACAAGACUUGCUUCAUGAACAAGAAAAAUCUGCCACAGAGAAGUCAUCAUCUAUUAAACUGUCUGAGGAGUUGGAAAAGAAACGAAAAAUGUUAAGAGAAAGUGAAAAGGCAGCAGAAGCAUCUAGGCACAAGAUGGUGCAACUUGAAGAAAUUUUAGAAGCAACCAAACCCCAAUUGGAUCGUGUAUCAAAUGAACGAGAUCAACUACAGCAACAAAUACAUGACAUAAAAGGUGAUACAGUUGAAAAAGAAAGUAAAGUUGUUCAGCUGGAAAAUGUUAUCGAAACACUUAAAUCCCAGAAUACGAUGUUGGAAGCUAGUGUUAAAGAGAAAAUUGAACAACUCAGCUCUACAUCAUUGGAAGUAGAUCACCUUAGAACAGAGCUACUUGCAACACAACAUUUACUUUCAGAAGAAGAAUAUAAAUCUGCUGAUCAGGUGCAUGAUAUUGAGCAGUUGAGCUCAGAGAUAAAAAAGCAAAGUCAAGUUUUGAUGGCUUUGGAGCAGCAAAACAGGCAACUAGAAAAUGAACUGCGACAUCUGAAAAAUAAAUUUGACAAUAUGGAGUUUGAUUACAAAGACACAGAAUCAAGUUUGCAAGAGAAUUCAUCAUCCAAAUCAAUUCUUAGAAAAGAGCUGCAAUCUCUUCACACUCAAUGUAAGGAGUUGACUCGUGAAAAGCAGAAACUUCAAGAGAUAAUUGAAAAGACAAACGUUGAACUUGAAGAAGAAAAAAACUUUAGCAAGCAAGUAAAAGAUCAAUACAGAGAGAGUAAAGAAGAGAUGAACAUGAAAAAUAAGAAACUUAAUCGACUAUCAUCUGAAAACGAAGCACUGCUGGAAGAUUACGAUUUCUUACAAGGUGAAUAUAGCGGGUUGGAGGCUGGCAUUGGAUCAAAUAAAUCAACUGCUAUUCAAAUAUUCAAUGAAUGCCAACAAUUAAAAAAUCAAAUUAUCAUGUUAAAAGAAAAAAACACUGAAUUAAAUGAGGAUUUAAAGACAAUGAAAAAUGUAUUAGAAGAAAAUAAACAAAAAAAUAAAGCAGAAAUAAAAAGUUUGCACUAUCAAAAUAUGAAGUUAAAGAAUUUGAUAACCAAAGCUUCAUUAUCAACAGAUGACAUUGAUGAACCAUUAUUAAAAGCUGAUGUAGCCAAUAAUGUAGAAUCUGCAUUACCAUUAGACGAUUUUGUCAUACUUGAUGAUGUGGAACCAUAUAAUGAAUGCACAAAUGAGUCGGUGAACGAAACUAGAAAGGUUCCUAUUGAAGAAGAUUUAGCAGAGGAAAUCAAUUGGUUGAUGACACAAAGUGCACCUGCACGACAGGACGAACCUCUUUUUGAAUUGGAAGUUGAGAAAAACAAACUAUGGAAUCAAACACUGGUGAAAGACAACCAAAUUCAAGUGAUGUCAUCUCAACUUCAAGCGAAAGAAGCUGAAAAGAAAUGUUUAGAAGAACAAAUUCGAACGCUGGAGGAGAAGACAUUACAAAGUCCACCAAAGCACAAAGACGAGCAAUUAAAACAGAUGCAAGAAGAGCUGCAAGCCAGUCUUGAAGAAAAGAACGAGGCUGUGCAAUGUUUGAAAGCUCUGCUUACUGAUAACGAGGCUUUGACAACAUGUCUUCGCGAUCAACAACAGAGUAUUAAUUUCCAGAGAAAGGAUAAUGAAGAAUUGAUGAAGAAAUUAAACGAAAGUCUUGAUCAAUGCCAAGCGCAUGAGGAUAUGUUGUCGCGGACAAAAAACAAACUGAGGGAGGUUAUGGAAUCAAGUGUAUUACGGGAAAGCAACGCAUCCAUUGAACAAAAGAGAGAGAUUGAACAACUUAAGAAUGAAUUGCUGUUAUCAAGAGAAGAGAAUAGACAGCUCCGGAUACAUUUGGAUGAGAAAACACAAGAAGCUACACAAAUGCAAGAAGAUUUGAAGUCCAUAAGAGGAGCGAUUGAAUACAACCUUGGAAGUAUGGACGCAGAAAAAAGGUCGAAAGAUUUUAUCGAAGAUCAACUAAAGUUGGUGCUACAAGACAGAGGUCACACUCUGCAGAAGUUGCAGUCAUCUGAAUUGUUAAAUAAAAUGUUGGAGGCGAAACUUAUUGAUUUACAAAAAUGGCACAACAGUUUGGAAAUAAAUCUGCUAAAAUCACGUGACUUCGACCCAGUCCCAUUGGAUAUGAUAAAGAUGAAUCAGAGUACACACGACGAUUUUUUGCAAGAACAAACCAACAUAGUCAACAACAAGUUAUACGAGCUUGAUGACAGUCGUGAUCACAAAAAUAUUUUGAACUCCUUCGAAGAUUUUAUAGAAGGAUCAUAAAAAGAAGCGUUGUGUACAUCUUGUUAUUUGCGACAAUAGUCGAAGUCAAGUUGAACGAGAUGUCUCAAGUGUUUUCGAUCGGUUAUCGAGCUAAUCGUUGUUUUCGAUUUAUCAUCGAGCUGAUCGUUGUUUUCGAUUGAGAAUCGAGUGGAUCGUUGCAUUCGAUUGGAUCAUUGAGCGGAUCGUUGCAUUCGAUUGAUCAUUGAGCGGAUUGUUGCUCUCGAUCGGUCAUUGAGCUGAUCGUUGUUUUCGAUUGAGAAUCGAGCGCUUCCUGGUUUUCGAUCGAUCAUCAGUUGUGGUUAUGCGCGAUGUCAAUUUAAACAUACAUUCUGAGUAUAAAGCAUACGAAAUGAUCAGUGAAAGGUAUGUGGUAUGGCGAUUUACUGACGACUUGGGGUGCUGAUGAUAGUUGACAACUGGUGCAAGAUUCCACUUAACUCAUCCAUGUCCUGAGAAGUUCUUUGGACUUUUUCGGAACGUCCAUAAAUUUAAUGUCAAAUUAUGCGACUCCAACUUCUUAUCUCACGUUAAAUGAGCUAAUUUUUGCUAAAAACUCGGAAUUUCAAUGUAUACGAAUUUAAGUAAAAUUUGUCAUUUAAACUAUUCACACAAUGUGAUGUCAUAAAAAUUGAUAUUCAACGAUAAGCUUGAUAGAAAAUUUUUUUAAACUAUUUUCUUUGUCUCCUAACAAAUGCAUACGAUUUUAAUCCGAAAAUUAAAUUUGUUAAGUUUUAUAAUUAUUCUGUUAAUACAUCAACAAUUUAUUAAAUUGGGAAAAAUACAUUCUUCCAUAGAGGCUAUUUUUACACUUAUGCUGAUUUGUUCUAUCAAUUUGUGCAAGAUAGAAUCCAGCAAUAUUGUUCACUGGGAAUGCGUUGCUACAGAGAAUAUAACACAGUUUAGUUAUAUUCUUUAGGUAGCGUGACAAAGACGUCUUUUGAGACGUUUCGCUACCACUCAACACAGAGGUCUUAAAAAUGAAUUUUUUUGUUUUGAUUUUAAAGAGUCCGGCUCAUAAUACUAAAAUGAUCUAUAUUAUAAUACCCGUAUACGUCUGUCCGUCUGUCACUCAAAAUAGUAGCUUUGCUGCGCAAGUAUAAAAAGGACGAGCGAACCCGUGGAUUUUUCCAUGGGCUAACGACUAGUUUUACAAAAUACCAUUACUUCGAAAAACUUUUUACAGUACAUUAAUUUUAACAAUGUAUAGAUUGUAAUUUUUAGGUAAAUUUUAUAUAUAGAUUGUGUGUCAAAGCUAAGCUAUAUUUAUUUUAAUAUGUGUUUUCAGUCUGCUUGAUGACUUUCGAAAGUGCACUUUAAUACGACCCUAAAAGGUUGUUGCUAUGGUUUUAACCAUUCUUGUUAUGUCACUGUGGUUGGAAGGUCAUAUAUUACCAUGAGUUUUUAUUUACUCGUGACGUUGGAUAAAAUUGUUUUAUUUUCCUCUUUAGUAUUCUUUCAUGAAAACAUAAAAAAAUAAUUUUCACUACCUUUGAUCAUCUUUCAUAUAGACCUUAUAUAUUCUUAUAUAUGAUUUCAUAUAUGCUUUACGUGUGCUUCAUAUAUUGCAUAGUGUGCGCUGGGGUAUGGUUCCCAACAGCAAAAAAUUGACCCCACCUACAUUACAACCCCCACAUCAUCAUUUUAUAGUACCCCCCCCCCCCCCCCUACCUUCUUCUACAUCUCCCACAUCAAAUAUUCUGGGAAAAUUACAAAAUCUGACCGAAACUUCUAUAUGUUACAACUUUUAGAAAUAGGUCCAAAAAUACCUUGAUGUUCAACUAUAGAUGAUAUUGAAUUUAUGGAUUGAUUACGUUCAUAAAAUGUAGAGCACAAGUUUCUCUUGUUUGUCUCCUAUUUUCCACUUAUAUUUGUCUAGUUUAUUGGAUAAUAUUGAUACGCAUACCGAUUUUAACUCAGAUAUUUCUAUAUGUAUAUACUUCUAUGUAAAGUAUGUUAUCUUUUUGUUUAUAUUUAUUUUAACAAAUGGAUUCUUUUUGUUUUUUAAAUAUUAAUUUUAAUAAAUAAUUUUGUUUUUGAAAUUUUUAAUUUUUCUAAUUAUAUAUGUCAGAAGUGGGAGCAUUUUUUUUGCUUAUGUAUGACGUUUCCGUGUUAUUAAGUGAAACAAUAAAUGCAUUGACAUUAAAGACGAAUAUUAUAAUAUGUUUUUAAGGGGACACUAGACUUUUGUAAUCUAUGACGCGGUGAAAUUAUGUAAGAUGGGUCACAUGAGACGA